AUGCCAUCUUUUUGUUUCUUCGAGCAUCUUUUUACCUAUGAUCGAAGUCCGGUAUAUGUACCACCGGGGGAGCAGAGCAGAUGCCGGGCCCGAGCCUUUUUAGAACCUUCGCGAUCUCUUCCCCUCCCUAUCCUCGCCGGCCCUCCGCCGUUCCGACGCUCCGCCGUCGCGCUCCCCUGGUCGGAGCGCUUUGGGUGCUGAGCCUCGGCGCCGUAGCCGCGCUCGCCUACAGGACGGGGUGCGCUCAGUCCCACCGCCGCUUCUUCCCUUUCCUCAGGUCAAAAUUCAUUAAUCAACCAACUGCAAGAAAUCUUCAUUCUACAGGAAUGGAGGCUGCAUCCACCACAGUACCUGCCAUUGUUGUUUACGUUACUGUUCCAAACAAACAAGCAGGCAAGAAGCUUGCCGAGAGCAUAAUUAAGGAAAAGCUUGCUGCAUGUGUGAAUCAAGUCCCAGGGAUUGAGUCUGUUUAUUGGUGGGACGGUAAGGUUCAAACAGAUUCUGAGGAUUUGCUCAUAAUCAAGACGAGGGAAUCCCUCCUGAGUGCCUUGACAGACCAUGUUAAAGCCAACCAUGAAUAUGAGGUCCCUGAAGUGAUUGCCUUGCCCAUCACUGGUGGCAACCUCAAGUACCUUGAAUGGAUCAAGAACAGUACUAGGGAAAUUUGACAUAAGAAGUUAUGCAAUGCAAAUACGUAGAGAUCUUGAGUGCUGUACGGUUUGGUUGGUGUGACCUAAGUGCAGUACAGUGCAAGUAACGGAGGCUGUCUUAGUUUAUGCUCGAUCCUAUGUGGGGAGUACUUUGGAGGGGUAGGAACUAGAUGUCCUUGAAUGAUCAAUAAAAUGCAAUCCCUUAGUGCACUUCCCAAGUUUCUCAGCUCAAAACUUGCUUAGCAAUAUAUUUGUCAUAUUCAAUAUCAAUAUUGUUUAUGUAUGUAA